UUUUUGAAUUCAGGGUCACUAAGCUGGCUCUUGAGGUGUUUCAGUUCAAGCCAUGCUUCCAAAUUUACCCAUGCGAUUAUUAAAGAAUCUUGUAAAUUUUCCGGCUGUUGUUAGGCAAUCUAUUGUUGACUCGUAUGAAAAACUAAAAUCUACGGACUAUCGUCCAAUUUAUGAAAUUUACGAUAAUCUAACUGGAUUGGAUCGUGUUAGGUCCUUACAUGUUGGAGUCGCUGAAGCUGAAAGGAACUUCGUACAGAAACAAGUCGAACGAAGAGCUUGUCAAACGGAAGUGUUCCAGUUAGAAGAAGCUAGAAAUCGAAUUAACAUACAACUAGAUAGUGUUAAACGUAGUGAUGAAAGUUUUUUGAAAUUAGUUACAGAGUUGCAUGAGCUUUCACGUCAACACCAACAAGCUCGUGAUAAGUUAACAUCUAUUGAAUUAGCUGAACAAGUAACAUUUGAACAAUUUUCUAGUAUUCUACGUCAUUCACAAGCUGAAGAACGCAUUCAAGCUAGCCGAAUGCGACAGUGGACUGUUGGAUUUAGUUUAGCUGCUGGUUUGAUUGGUUUUAGCGCUACAUGGAUACGUUUCCGUCAACUUGAUAAGCAAAAUGCAUCAUCACUUCGCUUAGCUUCUGCUACUGGUCAGCCAACUAGUGAAUACUCCUUCCAAGAUAUAACUUCCUGUCUUCACUCAUCCAAUCAGAGAUUAAAAACAACAUUGGAUGACUUAAAUCAAAUUAAAAAUAAUUUGAAUGAUUUGAUCAAAACACUGAAAGAAAAUUUGAACGUGAUGAAUAUGAAUAUUACAAAGUCAUCUGACGUUAAGGAUGUUCAACUACCUGUUGGCAAUAUAAUCGCAGAAAUUCCUAGUAUUGGUGAAACAAAAUAUAUGUAUUAUACUUAUGGAACUGACUAAUACAUUCAACUUGGCAACCAACACUAAGGUCAAGAUUUUCAAUACAAAUGUCAAGACAGUUCUACUGUAUGGGGCGGAAACCUGGAAAACUACGAAAGCCAUCAUCCUUCUGGAUGAUGGUUUUAUUAACAGUUGUCUAGGCAAAAUACUUCGGAUCCGUUGAUCAGGCACUAUUAGCAACAACCUACUAUGGGAG